ACCGAGGCUUUCAACUGGGAAACACUUCCGAAGAAUGAUCCAGACACUGGUUCCUUGACAAUGGCUGGUUGGAUUUCUGUCAUAAAGACAACUAUCAGACGAAUUACAAUCUCUGCAGAGUUGUACUUGGUGGCGUACAUUAUAGCUUGCUCAGUGAUAUCCGACAAACGUAUCCCACUGUUCAACGCCUGGUUUCCCUGCGACAUGGCCCUUAGCCCAGCAUACGAACUGAUUAACAUCCAGCAGUCCAUUGCUGCUACUGCUUACGUCUUCACCGUUUACCCCUUCCCGUGCUUUUUCGCUACUCUGGUCUGCAUCACCGGAAGUCAACUGGAAAAGCUGAGGGCAAGACUGUUGAAUAUCAAACUGAAACGCGACACGGCAAUGCAACAGGAAUCGGGUGCUGAGACUGACCUCGAGGAAGUGUUCCGGCACAUGCAGAAAGAGCUGAACGAGUGCGUACGUCAACAUCAAGAGAUUCUGAGAUACAUUCGAGAGCUGGAGGAUUCACUGAAUGUCUUCAUGACUGGGGUCUUCUUACUUUCGCUGAUAUCGAUGUGUCUCUGUGCCUUCUCUAUUGUUACGAGCUGGGGAGACCAUUUUAUGAUGCUCCAGGGAGUAAUCGCAUACUCGAUGGCGCUAGUACCUUUAGUAUUCUACUGCUGGUUUGGAUAUGAGCUUACGGCACAGACGCAGAGAAUAAAAGAUGCGGCCUGGGGAUGUGAUUGGGUCGGAACGCCAGUUUCCUUCCAGAAGAGCAUCAGAUUAAUAAUAUCAUCAGCUAACAAGGAGUUCACCCUCACUGCUGGAAAGAUUGUGCCAGUGACCAUCAGCACCAUGGUUAAUAUGGUUAAUCAAAGCGUGUCGUACUUCAUGUUUCUACUUGAAGUCAAGGACAGCAUCGAAACUGACGAAUGAAUCAACACGUAGUACCUCCAUGUAUGUAAGGGCUCCUAGUCUUACACUAGAUGGAACACGUUACUUCACAACGGUUCACUCAAACGUAACAAGAGUAGACUUUAUAUGUAGAAAGAUAUAUGUAAUCACACCGGACUUUAUUUUAGGAACACAGAAAUACACAAUUCACGUUUAGCUAUUAAAUGCUAUUACAAGCGUA